AUGGCCCAGCCUUCUGCCCCUCAGAAUCCCACUGGUGAGCCCGCGGCUCCCGUGGUUGACACUCCCCCUCAGGCCGAUGCCGCUGCUCCUCCUAAGGUGAAGACCGAGAAAGAAUUGGAGCGCGAGCGUCGCAAGGCUGAGAAGGCGAAGAAGUUCGCCGAGAAGAAGGCCAAGGCAGCAGCGAAGCCCGCCCCUGCCCCCAAGGCCGAGAAGAAGGAGAAGAAGGUCGAGAAGGACAAGACUACCGAUGCGUACGACCCCAAGGUCAUCGAAGCCGGCCGUUAUGAAUGGUGGGAGGAGCGUGAUCUGUUCAAGCCCGAAUUCGGCUCCGACGGCAAGGUCAGACCCGAGGGCUACUUCGUCAUUCCUAUCCCUCCUCCUAAUGUUACCGGAUCUCUCCACAUGGGUCACGCCCUCACCAAUGCCCUCCAAGAUACCAUGAUUCGUUGGCAGCGUAUGAAGGGCAAGACCACCCUGUGGUUGCCCGGUAUGGACCACGCCGGUAUCUCCACCCAGAGCGUCGUCGAGAAGAUGCUUUGGAAGAAGGAGAAGAAGACCCGCCACGAUUUGGGUCGCGAGGUGUUUACAGACCGCGUGUGGGAAUGGAAGCACGAAUAUCAUGCCAACAUCAAGAAUGCCUUGCGCAGAGUUGGUGGUUCCUUUGAUUGGUCUCGCGAGGCCUUCACCAUGGACCCUAACCUGUCCGCUGCCGUCACCGAGACUUUCGUUCGCCUGCACGAAGAGGGCAUCAUCUACCGUGCCAACCGCCUGGUCAACUGGUGUGUGGCUCUGAACACCUCCCUCUCCAACCUGGAAGUCGAGAACAAGGAGGUUGAAGGACGUACCCUGCUGGAUGUGCCCGGCUACGAAAAGAAGGUCGAAUUCGGUGUUUUGACUCACUUCUGCUAUGAGAUUGAUGGCACCAAGGAGAGGAUUGAGAUCGCCACUACUCGUCCCGAGACCAUGAUUGGUGAUACCGGUAUCGCCGUUCACCCCGAUGACAAGCGCUACCAACACCUGAUCGGCAAGUUUGCCAGACACCCCUUCGUGGACCGCUUGCUUCCGAUCGUUGCAGACACCGAUGUCGAUCCCGAAUUCGGUACCGGUGCCGUCAAGAUCACUCCGGCUCACGAUUUCAAUGAUUUUAACCGUGGAAAGGCCCACAACCUCGAGUUCAUCUCUGUGAUGAACGAUAAUGGUACCUUUAACAAGAACGGUGGCAUCUUUGCCGGUAUGAAGCGUUUCGACGCUCGUUACAAGGUCAUCGAGCUUCUGAAGGAGAAUGGGCUGUAUGUCAAGUGGGAGCACAAUCCUAUGAAGAUCCCUCGCUGUGCCAAGUCCAACGAUGUUAUUGAGCCCAUCCUCAAGCCCCAGUGGUGGAUGAAGAUGGAAAGCCUUGCCAAGCCUGCCAUCGAGGCUGUCGAGAAGGGUGACAUUGUCAUCAAGCCAGAGUCUGCCGAGAAGAGCUACUUCCGCUGGAUGAGGAACAUCAACGAUUGGUGUCUUUCCAGACAGUUGUGGUGGGGUCACCAGGCUCCUGCUUACUUUGUUAAGAUCGAGGGCGAGGAAAAUGACGACAGUGAUGGCAACCUCUGGGUCACCGGCCGUACCGAGGAGGAGGCUCGCAAGAAGGCCGAGGCCAAGUUCCCUGGCAAGAAGUUCGAUUUGGUGAGGGAUCCUGACGUGCUUGACACCUGGUUCUCCUCUGGACUGUGGCCCUUCUCUACCCUGGGCUGGCCUAACAAGACUCACGACUUUGAGAACUUGUAUCCCACCUCCGUUCUCGAGACUGGUUGGGAUAUUCUUUUCUUCUGGGUCGCCAGAAUGAUCAUGCUGGGUAUCAAGUUGACCGGCCAGGUUCCCUUCAGGGAGGUGUACUGCCAUUCUCUGAUCCGAGACUCGGAGGGCCGUAAGAUGUCCAAGUCUUUGGGCAACGUCAUUGACCCCAUUGAUGUUAUGGAGGGUAUUCAGCUCCAGACGCUGCAUGACAAGCUUCUCCUUGGUAACCUUGCCGAGAAGGAGGUUGCUACCGCUACCAAGUAUCAGAAGAAGGCUUUCCCCAAGGGUAUCCCCGAAUGUGGUGCUGACGCUUUGCGUUUUGCCCUUGUGUCUUACACUACCGGAGGAUGUGGUGAUAUUGCAUUUGACAUUCAGGUUAUCCACGGAUACCGUCGCUUCUGUAACAAGAUCUACCAGGCCACCAAGUAUGUCCUCGGCAAGCUGGGUGAUGACUUCAAGCCUCAACCUACCGUUUCAAAGACUGGCCGCGAGUCCCUUUCUGAGCGCUGGAUCUUGCACAAGUUCAACGCUGCUGCCAAGGAGAUUAACGAGGCUUUGGAGCAGCGUGAGUUUAACGUUGUGGCUACUACCGUGUACCAGUACUGGUACGCCCAGCUCUGCGACGUCUUCAUUGAGAACUCGAAGUUCCUCCUUGCUCCUGAAGUGCCAGCUGAGGUGCAGGAAUCGGCUAAGCAGACUCUCUACACUGCUCUCGAGGGUGCUUUGACCUUGAUCCAUCCUAUCAUGCCCUUCGUCACGGAAGAGCUCUGGCAGCGUCUGCCUCGCCGUCCCGACGACAACACCAUCUCCAUCAUGAAGGCCCGGUACCCCGAAUACAAGGCUGAGUUUAAUGACACCGAGGCUGAAACUGCCUACGAACUCAUCCUGAAGACCUCUAGCGCCAUCCGUUCGAUUCUUGCCCAAUAUGAAAUCAAGACCAAGGGAGACAUCAUCAUCCAGACCUACGAUGCCACCAGCCACAAGACGCUCUCGGAAGAACUGACCAGUGUCAAGUCUCUGGGUGGUAAGUUCCUGGGCGAUCUCAGCAUUCAGGGACCCGAGACUACUACUCGGCCAUCGGGUUGCGUGGUGUCUGCUGUUGGCUCUGAGGCUGCUGUCUUCCUCCGCGUGUCCAAGGAGGUCGCUCUUGAACAGGAGGAGAAGGCCAAGGCCAGCCUUGAGAAGGCCCGUGCCGUCGUGACUCGCCAGAACAACCUCAUGAGCAGCGCUGCAUGGAAGGAGAAGGCUAAGCCUGAGGUACGCGAGAUGGAAGAGAAGAAACUCAAGGAUGCUGAGAGCGAGACUGCUCGUUUGGAAGAACAGAUUCGUGAAUUUGAGAAGCUGCGGCUAGAGUAA